AUGCGUAUAAAAAUAUUAUUUCAAUUCCUCAAACAAAAUUUACUUAAAUUGAAUUUGUUCAAAAGCAUUCCACGUUCGGAAGAUGAAACUAUUCUUCAACAGCAGCGUUAUCAAACUCGAUUAUACUUAGUGUUACUAUUAAUGAGUUUAAUCAUUUUCAUAUUCUCUGUGUUUGACCAAUCUCAUACGAUCAAUGUUACUGUUAACUCUCCAUCAGUAACACGUUUUACUGAACUUUACACUCAAUAUCCAUUUACACUUGAUUGUCCAUGUAGUCAAACAUCAUUAGAAUAUAAUCAGUUUAUUUUUAAUAUAACACCUCAUUAUCAUGAGAUAUGUUCGUCUGAAUUUAUUUUUUCUCGUUGGAUUGAACUUCAAUUUAUUGAAUCUCCAGUGAGAGUAUUUUUUACAAAUGAUAUUCGUUAUCAAUCUCGAAUUCAUUUUCAACUUCUUUCUACACUUUGUCGCAUAGCUCAACAAACAGUUAACGAUAGCCUCCAAUCAUUCUAUCGUACAAAGUUUAUUACCAAUAAAGUUAUCACACUUUCUUCAUUUAAAACACAAGUUGAUUCAAUUAUUGAACAAUUUAAAAGAACAGUUCCAGGAUCAUAUCAACAUGCAUUAGAAUUAAUUCAAGCUAAUCCAGAAGUUAAUCAGUUGAUUGUACCAUUGAAUUCUGAUUUUGUAUCUACAAAAGAUAUAUACAACAAUGAAGUUUUCUCCUUAAAACCUGCUAGACAUGUUUUUGACUAUAGAUUCAUAUGUAAGAGCCCCUCUAAUAUGUGCCUUUGUUAUGUUUUAUUUCCUAAUGAAUGUGUUCUGGAAACAAUUAUACGAAAAGGUACACUAACUAAAAAAAUUCCAAGAAUGUAUCAAACAUUAUUUCCUCUUCGAUCUGUUUUAUUAUCGACGUUAGAAUGUUUCUACAAUGAUACAUGUUUGUCUUACAUUACACGUGAAAUUAAUUCUGUAGUGUCACCUACAAAUUUUUCUACACUUAAUUUGUCAUUGUUAUCAAUAGAUGAAAGUCCAUAUGAUCCAAUCAAUAUCUUAGCAAAUAAAUUAUUUAUUCAAAACUGGAGUAAUCAAAGUUUAUAUGAAUCUUAUUUUAAUCAAUGUUAUCCAUUAACUUGUCAGUAUACCUAUGAGAGCCAAUUUAAUAUAAUAUAUAUUAUUACAUCAAUUAUUGGGCUGUUAGGUGGUCUUCAUAUUGUUUUACAGUUAGUAACACGAUAUACAAUCAAAUUAUCAUAUAAAAUUUGGACUAAAAUGAUUUCUCGCCGACAAAAUAAUACAAUAUCAACUGGAGAAACAGCUUCUAUCAGAACAGGUAAAGGAAUCAAUACAAAUUUUUAG